CUACAUGCGUAUGUAUAUAGCCAGCACUGCCACAUUAAAUUAAGAUAUAUAUUAGGUGCACUAGAGCGAGCACUACACAUAGAAUUUAUAUUAAUAUGGAAGAAUCAAGGUUGGAGAUGGAGUUGCCCGGAUUCCGGUUUCACCCCACCGAAGAAGAGCUUCUUGAUUUUUACCUAAAAAACAUGGUUUUGGGCAAGAAGUUGCGCCACAACGUCAUCGGUUGUCUUAACAUUUACCGUUAUGAUCCUUGGGACUUGCCAGGACAUGCAAAUAAUGUUGGAGAGAGAGAAUGGUACUUCUUCGUAGCAAGGGACACAAGGCAUGGCAGUGGAGGGAGGCCAAACAGGACUACUGAGAAGGGUUUCUGGAAGGCCACGGGUUCAGACAGGAAGAUUUUUAGCUUAUCACACCCCCCCAACAGGAUGAUAGGACUAAAGAAGACAUUGGUGUUCUAUCAAGGCAGAGCACCCCGCGGAUGCAAGACUGAUUGGGUCAUGAACGAAUACCGAUUACCCGAUGCAUUACUACCACCAUCCUCUGCCAAGAACAUUGUGCUGUGCAAAAUAUACAGGAAGGCAACCUCAAUUAAGGUGUUGGAGCAGAGGGCUGCUAUGGAAGAUGAGAUUAAUACACAUGCCUCUCCAUCAUUCAUGACCAUCGAUACUACUCUCUCCUGUAGUGAUCAUCAUCAUCAUCAUGACUUGGUGGCUCAAAGCUUCCUCACAGUCACAAUGAACAACAACAACAACAACGAGGAGGAUGAUGAUGGUGAGUAUAGUACAGGCACCAUGUUGACAGUUGAUGGUGAGAAAGCAGCAGCAGCAGAAGGUGAAUUUAGCAAGGACAAGCUUACUAGUAAUAGUAAUAGUAAUAGUAUUACCACAUCGGGAUCGUCACUACUGCUGAGCUUGCAAAGUGGGGAGGAGGUAAAACCCCUCCUCCUCCCAACUAAACUUGAAUUGCCAGCUGCUGCAAAGUCAUUGUCGUCAGACUACUGGGCCUCCCACUUCCAAGAUCCCUUCUGGGCUCAGCUCCGUAGCCCUUGCCUUCUUAAUGACUUGAUAGCUCUCACUCCUUUACCCCCCAAUCUUCACAAUUUCUAGUCCAAUUUCAAUUCCAUCAUUUGCCCGCAUGCCACCACCGCACUAGCUACUGUUUUUUUUGUUCCUUAAAUUAAUUAGCUUUUUCCAAAUUUGUGUAUGUAUAACAAGUAGAGAAAUAUAACCAACCAUGCAUGCUGAUUGCUGAGGGAGGAAUUGAAGCUAAGAGCAAGCCAGUCCAGGGGUUCAACUCCGAACCGAUCCAUCUUAAUUUGUUUUAAUUUCAAAUGAAGCAUACAUACUAUACAUUUGCAGAUAGAUAGAUAACUUGCUUGCUUAAUUGCUAGAGGGUAGGUACUGUAUCUGUAUGUCACUUUGUUUGUCCUCCCAUCCCGGCCGGCCUCUAGGAUGAGUUGAUGAGGUUACGUUUACAUAUACUACUCACUCAUUACCGGCCGGAUAUACUUACACUAAUUCCAUUGUAAUUCAGAUAUCAAUGCAGUAGUAUUUAAUUUCUUGUGUA